AUGGGCAAGGUUCUGCUUGCUGGCGCUGCGGUUGCUGCUGCUGGCUUUGCUGCCAAGAAGCACUUUGACAAGAAGAAGCGCGAGGAGAAGCUCGAGCAGCAGGAGGAGAUUGGCCAGGGCUCGUACAACUACCAGUACGGCGGUGCCCAGCCUCCCCAGGGCGGCUACGGCGCGACUCCCACGCCCGGCGGCAAGCCCCAUGGCAACCCGAACGACCCGUACUCCUACUAA